UAUGUGACCCCACCCAUACUCCACACAAAAUUUUACCGUUCACACCACCCUUCACAACCUCACAUCCGGCCACCGGAGACACCAAAACCUCCGAUCACCGAUCACCCAUGACGACUCAACCCGUUCAAACCGAGUCAACUCACCCACACCCAACUCAACCAAUUCAACCCGAGUCAACUCACCCUUCUUCUUCACCUCCAAAACGCACAAAAUCCCCCGUUGUUCGCAUCGUUGGCAGCCGAAUCUACGAUCCGAAAAAUGGCAAGACUUGUCAUCAGUGUCGACAGAAGACGAUGGAUGUUUCGGUGAAAUGUACUAAUGAAAGUGGGAACAAGACAUGUCCGCUUAAUGUGUGUCGAGCUUGUUUAUUAAACAGAUAUGGAGAGAAUGUUGAAGAGGCUGCAGCAUCUGGUGAGUGGAAGUGCCCAAGGUGCAGAGGCAUUUGUAAUUGUAGUUCUUGCAUGAAGAAGAGAGGAUUUGUUCCGACGGGACCUCUUAUUCAUACGGCAAAGAAAGUGGGGUUUGCUUCGGUUUCCAAUCUUUUAAACAUGACGGGAUCGGUCGAGACUGAAGCAGUUAAGCGUGGUGCUCGAAAAAAGAGACGUGCUGAUGAUAAGGAGACUGGAGAUGAGCCCGAAAGAAAACUGACGAAAGAAGAUGGUGAAAGUGAGGAGACUGGAGAUGAGCCCGAAAGAAAACGGAUGAAAGAAGAUGGUGAAAGUGAGAGUUGCCAGGAGGAGAAAAGCUCAAUUGAGGACACAAGCGAAGAUAAUGACGUGAAGCUUCAACUACCACAGGGUACAGAGUUGACGAAUCUCGCAGGCAUUGAUCUACCUUCCGGAGACGUUGGACACGCUUUGCAGUUAUUAGAAUUCUGUGAAACAUUCGGCGAGGUCCUCCAGCUAAAAAACGGGGAGCCUGAAAUUUUACUUCGCGAGUUGACAUGCGCAAAUGCGCAUAAAACACCUGAAUCGUUAACCGUUCAGAUCCAUACCAGAUUACUCUCCAUAAUAGAAGAAGGUUUUGGGAAAAAAUAUUCUGGAACGUCAUGGGUGGAAGAUUUUAAAGAAUGUAUUUCUGAAUCUCAGUAUCUAUCAAAAGAUCCUCUCUUGGAGUGUUUUAAUUCGCAGCCGAAUGGUUACGAUGAAUUAAAUUUUUCAAAAAAGCUUCGGCUUUUGAAUUUUUUAUGUGAUGAAGCUCUUGGCACAGCAAAGUUGAGACUGUGGAUUGAGGAGAGAAAUGUGGAAGAAAAGAAGAUGGCGAAAGAGCGGUUGAUUGCUAAUAGAGAGAAGGAAAAAAACUUGAAAAAGAAAGUACACGAUGAGGUGGUGAAAGCUAUCUUAUCACCAAACAGAACGCCGCUUACCAUUUCUGAACAGAAAGAUCUUGUUUCGAAAGUUAAAGCCGAAACUGCGCAAAUCCUAGCAAAUUCUAUGGAAAUGAGAGAUAUACCGCGCGAAUCCUAUGUAGUUAGAUCAGAGCCCAUUCUUUUGGACAUAAAUGGCUGCAAACUCUGGAAAUUGAGAAGCCAUUAUGAUAAAGUUGGCAUAUUACGUCAAGAUUCUUGCUAUGAGGAUGUGAUGACUCCUGAUGAAAAAUGGUUUGCUUACAAUGAUCAAGAAAAGGCAUUAGUUGAUGAAUAUAUAUCUAAUUCAAGGAACAUCAGAGAAUGAUUGGAUCGACUUGUCGUUCUACAACAAACAAUUUAACAAUGUUCUGUUCUUUGUUGUUGUGGUAAUGAAGUUGACGCAAAGUGGAUGUUUAGAAUGAUUGGAUCGACUUGUCGUUCUACAACAAACAAUUUAACAAUGUUCUGUUCUUUGUUGUUGUGGUAAUGAAGUUGAUGCAAAGUGGAUGUUUAGAUGUAAACAGGGCAUGUUGUUAGAUAACUUGAGUAGUUUAUGCAACAUAUCAACUUGUGAGAAUAUGUAAGUCUUGGUGUGUUGUGUAUUUCUUACCCUUUGGUGAGCUCUAUAUAUCAAAGUAAAAUGCUUUUAGCAUUGGAUUAUAUGAAAGUUAAUACUAUUUGACA